AUGAAGAUGUGGAACGGCAUGAAGUUAACUUCGUGGAAGAGCUCUGUGGAUCCUGCAACUGGGCUUUUCUCUAUGGGAAUGGACAUCUCUCCAGGAAAGACGCAGAUGUUGAUGGUCUAUAACAACACUGUUCCAUAUUGGUCCAGUGGAGAGUGGACUGGCAAUUCCUUUGCCAACGCUCCAGAGACGUAUAUUCCUAACAAAUUCGUAGCAUCCUGUGUGACGGUUUCUCCUUCAAGCAUAUAUGUACGGUCGUCAUACGCAGGUCAGUGCAAUAUGUAUGAUAUCUGCGGGCCGUAUGGACUGUGUAAUGGGAAUGAUAUGUGUGGUUGUAUUGAGGGUUUCACACCCAAGAAUUACAGUCAAGGUGUCUGUUCAACUGGGUGUGCUCGGCGAAAACCCCUGCACUGCUCUGUCACAGCGGGCACCACCGACGGCCUCUUGGAAUCCAAGAACCGAUACUUGCCCAAAGAAAAAGCUGUCUCAUACAACAACGAGUCAACACUGCAAGGCUGCAGGACUGCUUGUCUCAAAAAUUGCUCCUGUACAGCUUUUGUUUUCUUUAUUUCUGAUCUACCUAUCUGCAGAAUGUAG